AUGCAUUCGAUUUCAGUUUUGCUACUUGCUUUCGUACCCUUUGUUUUAUCAGGAGGUCUCUAUGAUCAAUGUGGUGGUGAAGGAUAUACAGGAUCGAUAGAAUGUGCUGAUUCAUUGAAAUGUUUCCGACGAAACCGUUGGUUUUCAUCAUGUCAAACAGCAUGUCCAGGUGGUGAUUGGGAAUGUGCUACAGAAAGUGCUGCUGCUAAAGAAGUUGAAGAUACCGCUGUAGCACCAAAUUGGGAACAAUGUGGUGGUGAGGGCUGGAAUGGACCAACGGCCUGUGCUGACUAUCCGUGUCAACCACGUUCACAAUGGUUUUCACAAUGUCGACCGGAUUGUCCCGCUGAUUGGAUGUGUGCCCAAAUUCCAGAAGAAGAAAUUACUGAAGAAGAAUUGGGAGAACUCGAAACAUACGAUCCUGAUACAGUUGAAGUAGAAGGAGAAGAAACUGAAACUGAUGAAUUCCCUGAUCCAUCACUUGUUGAUCUGGAUGCACUUCAACAAACAGAACAAGCUCUUUACGGUGGAACCGAUCUUGAAGAAGAUCCAUUUGCUAACGCCCAAGAAGAGGAAGAAGAUGAAGAACCAACAUUAUUGAGACGACGACGAAAUACAGUACGUGCCACUACAUGUAAAGCUAACGGAAAAAGUGGAACAUGCAAGUCUACCUCAUCUUGUUCAGGCACAUCAGUUCCUGGUCAUUGUCCUGGAGCUAAAAACAUUCAAUGUUGUGUUCCAAAAAGUAGUGGCGGAAGCAAACCUAGUGCCAAAGGUCGAUGUGGUAGUUAUGCUAAAGCUGCUGUUCGCGCAAUUAAAGGCAAUGGCAAUAAGGGCUACUCCGUAGUGAAGAUUCAAAAGGCACAUCUUGCCAGUCCUGGUUCCUAUUCGCUCUCGCCCUCGUCCUCUGAUAACACGAUGACAACAUCAACAGCUUGUGCUUUCGACAAAAUGGCUUCAGCCGCUAAGAAAUCCGGUGUUUACAUUAAGAUCGCCUCAGGUUUUCGUACCAUUGCUCGUCAACAAUACUUCUGGAACUGUUACAGAACCAAGAAAUGCAACGGUGGUAAUCUCGCUGCUCGUCCCGGAACAUCAAACCAUGGCCGAGGUAUCGCUCUUGACUUGAACACAAACUGUGGCAAACAAUCACGUGCAAAACCUAACUGCGGAGGAAGUCGAGUCUAUCAAUGGUUGUACAAAAACGCUCACAAAUACGGAUUCACCCGUACGGUCAAAUCAGAACCAUGGCACUGGGAAUUUCGUGGAGCUGGUGUUCGUCGUGCUAGUUUUUCAUGA